AUGAUCAAUUUCAAGCAGUUAGCUAGCGGAGUCACAUCACAACUGAACGAAAUGAUUCAAGAGAAGGACAAACUGAAACGAACGAUGAAAGAGGAAUGCGAUGAAACCGAUGCUAAGAAGUCACGUGUUGAUGAAGCGGAUAGCGUUCAAGCAGAAGUAAGCAGUGAACAACAAGAAUCAAGUGAAGCGGGAAAUGAAGCAUCAAUAGAGCGAUCCUUAUCACCAUUCAACACGUCUGAUAUGGUUCACGCGAAUGCGAAAACUUUAGCACAAGUUUUCGGGAGUACAAAUACCAACAAUCAAUCAGCUGUAACAUCGUCGGAUAUAAAUCGUAUGAAUCGAGAGCGUGGCUUGGAGAUUGUUAGUAUGGCCAGUCGAUAUGAGGCGCUCGUUGACAGUGCGUCACGCUCACCAGCGGCCAAUAUGGAACGCAAUAAGAUUUGGCAUCAAAUAACAGAUGACAUCAAUAAGAAAUAUCCACAUUUGAAUAUGUUAACAUUUGAACAGUGCAAAAAAUUGUGCAAAUAUUACAAACGAAAAGAUCCGGCACAUUACGGCUUAUCGCUGAAUCGUUUCAUCGAAGAGCAAGCACAAGAAAGAAAGUUGAUGAACAGUAAGAGUAGUAAGGGCGAUUAUGCAAGACAUUACGACGAAACCAUUGAUGACAGUGAAAUAUUGGAAGCGAAUGAUAUUGUGGAUGGUAUCUGCAAGGAUGUGAUCGGUGCGGCAGACGUCGUCAACGUGGAUGCUACGGCAGAAGAAUCAAUCAUUCGUGAGGAUGAUAAACCAUCAAACGAUCUGCUCGAAUUUUUGGCUCAGUGUUCGGCAUCAACUUCGGUUGGCGCUGCUACUUCAGCGGAUGGUCUCUUGGCGGCUGCAGCCUCAUCAGCACCUCAAUCCUCAUUACAUCCAUCGUCAUCGUUCUUGAGCCAGCAGAAAAAGGAACGAAUCCAAUUCGUUUAUAAGCUCGCUGAAACUUUUGGCACCAUUUUUGAAUCGCAGUCGAGGUCGUAUCAAAUAAACGCCGAACGAAAUCAAGUAUGGAAGCAAAUCGCUGAUGUAACGAAUGAUAAAUACAGUAAUGAAUUGGGUGAUUUAACAGUCGAUCAAACCAAGAAGUUAUACGCCAAUUAUAAACGAAAGUGUCAAUAUUCAAUGAUGAGAAAUGCGCAAAAGUUACUGUCCGCAUCGUCAUCUGACGAUACUAACUUCACCAAUAAACAGUCGUCGAGUACAAAUGGAUCGAAUUCCGUUGACGUUGAUUCGGAUGCGUCCUCAUCGAAUUCUGAACUGUUGUCGAGAUUAGUAUCUCCGAACAGUCUGCCAGCUACACGCAAUGCACAGUCACCAAGUAUUCUGUCGAAACUCAUUUCACGUGACCGAAUAAAUAACGCUAAUAAUGCUAAUAACAAUACUACCAACACCACAUCAAAAUCAAACGGCGAUACCCCUAAAAACGGUGUAAAUACGAAUCGCACCUCAUCAAACGCCUCAUCGCUGUCAACCGUUGAACUGUUGGCAUUAAUCGCGGACCGAGACGCCGAAAUAAAACAACUCCGAAAUGAGCUUCUGCAGAAAUCUGUUGAACAUCAAUUGCAAAUCUCAAAAGUUGUCGAGAAAAUGUCUGACUUGAUAAAAGUUGCUGUCAAUGCGAACGUACAACGUGAAAUUAUCAGUUCGUUAGGCGCCACGACGUUCGCAUAUGGUACGGAUACGUUCUUGGAAAAGGUUUACGAUGAUGAAAACGAUCUAUAA